AUGGAUCACCUCACUGUCAAGUUGACUUGUAAUCUAAUGGAUGACCUAGCUAAAGAAAUACCAUUGCUUUUCAAUUCCAAAUGGCAAGAGUUUCUGACCAAUAAGUUGGUUCACAUCAUCAAUAUUCCCACCUUUGCUGCCUCAAUGGCUGAUGCUGCCAAGAACCAGGAAGCUAGAAAACCUACAAAGUUGACUACUAUUGACAAGAGCCAAAGUGACCAACAAAUGGUUCAGGGAUCAGAUGGCAAAAUCACCAGUCAAUUGUUGAAAGUCUUAUUACACCACGGAAGGCUUCCAUGA